GUUGUUCGUGGGUAGCAACCAACGUAGGCAACCGUUUUCCCCCAGAAAUGGGCUUGUUAGCUAUCAGUGCUCAGUUAACGUUCCUUUUUAACUAUGAAAAUUAAUCUGCUAGUCACUUAUUUUAUAUUAUUUUAAAGUUUGUUUGUAAAUCUACUGCUGAUUCGGUGUAUAUUUUUCUCGACAUGAACCUUGGAGAUGGUCUGCUGUUUGAGCUGGAAAAUGGAAAACCCAGAUUGAUUUUACUCACUCAUGCAGGUGUUGUGAAAAAUCCAAUAAAGCUGCCCAGUAAGCACAGAGCAGCUAGCAUCCUGAGCGCCAGGCAGACGUCCUGCCUGGAGGAGGUUCUGCCUGAGGAGCGUCCAGCUCAGCAGGCUGCGCGGGGUGCCAGGGAGGUCAGGUGUAAAGCAGCAACAGCUUCAUCCUGCAGCUCCAGCAUCUCCACCACUGAUGGCAGAAGCUCCGUCCUGAAUUCAUCCAAAACUCCAGGCUGUCACAAAGAGCGUGCCAGUAAGGCCGUGGCAAAGGUAAAGACAAACAAACACAAACUCAGCUCUGCUGUUGGACCGCUGGGAUCCCCCAGGAGAACGGCUCCACCUCAAAACGGCGAGGGUGGAGGCGGAGCGUCGCAGCCUGUGCUGAGCAGCGUGGACGCAGGCCUGAAGGACGGAGACGUGGUGUGUGUGAACAGAGAGGAGCUGCCGGAGCUCCUCAGCUCCAUCACGGUGUCGACCGGCUGCGCCCAGCAGGGUCCAGAGGAGCAGGCGGCUCAAGGAGGUCAAACACACACAAACUCUGUCUCUUCUGUGAAAGGAGAAGAAAGGCAAAUAAAGGAGGAUGAGAAAGGAGAAGAAAUUAAGGAGGAAGGUGUUGAUGAAUAUGGCAGGUUGCGUCGCUCUUCAUUCAGUUGGUUCAAAGAGCGCCGGCCGGACAGCAGAGCCGCCAUCGAUGCAAAGAAAGCUCAGUGGAAAAGAGAGCUUGAUGAGCAGGUCGCCCUGAAGCAGCAGCUGCAGCUUUCAGCCCCCAGCAGACUGCAGGGUGAGAAAUACGCAGAGAGUGUUUCCUCUGUCGGCCACAGAGAGCAGCCAGCCGCCAUCAGGUCCAGCCUCCGACUUGGGGAGGUGACGCCCAUGGAGGAAAUGCUGAGCGUGGAGAGGAAGGAGGAGCAGAGGCGGGUCUGGCUGGAGGAGCUGGACCGCCAGCGGGAGGAGACGGCCGAGCGCCGGAAACAGGAGAAGCUGCAGCGGAGACAGACGGAGGACCACGAGCGCUGGGCCGCGCACUUCGACUCGCUCCAGCGCAGAGCGCCGGCCCAACCCGCGGCCCCGGGGCGGCUCAGCGGCUCCGAGCGAGACGACUGGGACCCGUCGUCCAGCCUGUCGCUGGUUUGGGAGGGAACCAGCAGCUGUGGAGCCGACAGCGUCAUGGGAGCCAGCGUGGAUUCAACCAGAGGGUUCCCCUCCAGAUCCAGCUACCUGAGGACGAUGACGUCGCUGCUGGAUCCGGCACAGAUAGAGGAGCGAGAGAGGAGGCGGCUCAAACAGCUGGAGCAGCAGAGAGCCAUCGAGGCCCAGAUGGAGGAGCGCAGGAAGCAGAGGGAGCUGGAGGAGGCGACCAGGAAACGGGAGGAGGAGAAGGAGGAGCGGAGGGUUGCCAUGGAGAGGGAGAAGCUGCAGAAGCAGUACGAGCUGGAGAUACUGAAGAAGAAGGAGAAGGUUUUGGUUGAGCUUCAGAACGAUCCGGUCCCUCUGGCAGAGCAGCCAGAGAUCGGUGGCGGGUCGGAGGAGACGCCCGGAUCCAGAACAGUCACCAGGGAGGCUGAGAGUGUGGAAAACGGCGACAGCGGCUCGUCGUUUAAAGACUCGUCUGUUCAGACGGAGGAUGCUCCUCCUCUUGCUCCUGCAGACAGAGUUCAGACCGCUGACGUCUCCGUCCAGAACCAGAACCGUCCGCCUCCCUGUGGUUCUGCUGAGCCUAACAGCAGGAGCCGUGCGCCGAGAGCAGGGAAGGAGAACAUCUGUUUGCCAGCGGGAGAAGACCCGUACGCACCGUUCGUCCGGACGGAGAGGAGCCGGAGAAGCAAGACGAAGCCGGAGUGGGGAACACAGAGGCCCAGCCGGCGGUUCGUUCCCGCCUCGGAGCGCUACCCAGUCGCCCUGCAGAGGGACCGGCAGGAGAGCCGACUGAAGAGGCAGGCUGAGCUGCUGGCCCUGCGGAAGGCCCGUCCGACCAGAACAGAACCGUCCGCUCCCCAGCAGGAGGCCCAGCUCUGCCCCAAUGGCCAGCAGAACAAAACCAGAACCGCUAAGAAGGUGGAAUCGGGUUUGAAAGGAAACAUCAACACGGACCGGGGGCGCUCUCCUCCUGCCCAGAGUCAGCAGGCUUCCGGCUCUCCUCCUCCGGCCCUGGAGUUCAUUCCUUACCUCCGGACCGCUGAGGUCUUCAGCCUGGACCCCCUGGAGCCCGCCGACACGCCGCCGCCCAGGACACACCCCGGCCCUCCACCUCCAGCUCCUCCUCCUGGCUCCUUGCAUCAAGACCCGCUGCUCCACCCAGAGUUGCUGCCUGGCUCCCAGCGCCAGCAGGAGAUCCUGAGAGGCCUGGCCCAGCUGCGGCAGGGUUUAUUACAGAAGCAGAAGGAGCUGGAGACGGACCUGAAGCCCGUCCGGAACCGCCGUGAUAACGAGCAGCGCGCGCUCUCCACAGCUCACCGCACAUGACCGGCGUCGGCGGCGUCUGGAAGCUCCUCCCACUGCUGCUGAUGCGAUUUCCUGUUCUGCGGGGGACAGAAACCGCCUGAAGAUAAACACCAACAGAAACCUGCUUCGGUUUGCUGUGAUUCUUUCAUGGAGGGGAAAGUUUAAAUGAGCGAUUUUUCCCUCAGUUUGCCAUCAAUCUGCACAAACAUGAAGGUUCUACCUCAUUACGGUCGCUGUUAAGAACCGUUUCGUCUCCCAGUUACCUGCUGAACAACGAGCACCUAAUUUCUAAAUGUUCCAUUUUUUAUUUAUUGUAAAUGUUAUUUCAAGUUUGGUUUAUUAAUAACUGAUUAAAGAUGUUUUAAAGCUGCAAUGUUGACAUGACGAAGUCUGGCUGCACUGUGUAUGGCAGACUGUUUUAGCAUAAAAUCCAGUUUCACCUCACUUGAAUUCCAGAUAUCUCCAAUUACAUUCUGACUUGUAAAAAUUACGUUACAAUAAAUUUGUAUGGAAGUUUCAAUUCAGAAUAUCUACAAUAAAUUACUGGCUGUGAAACAUAAAUUAAAAUGAGUCAAAAAUAAAUGUCAAAUAUUUA